AUGACGCAGUACUGGUCAGAAAAACCAGCGACAAUAGACGGAGUUUUGGGAGGAUAUGGCGAAAUAGAUGAAAUAGAUGUAGAAGGUUCGAGGUUAUUUAUUAGUGAAUAUAUAUAUGGGAAAAAAGGAGCACGUAAUAGAAUAAUAUCUUCCCCAAGAAUAAGUGAUGAAUAUGCGUGCGAUUGUGGAGCUGGUAUAGGAAGAGUGACAAAACAUUUUUUGUUAAGAAUAUUUAAAAAAGUUGACUUAGUAGAAUAUACGCCAAAAUUUAUUAAACAAGCUGAAAAUGAUUUCCUUAAAAAAGAAAAAGAGGAAGGUAGAAUUGGAGAAUUUAUUUGCAGUGGAUUACAAGAAUUUAUGCCGAAAGAAGGAAAAUAUGAUUUAAUUUGGUGUCAAUGGGUGCUUGGACAUUUAAAAGAUGAUGACUUAAUCAAAUUUUUUGAGAGAUGUAAAAAAGGAUUAAAACCUAAAGGUUUAAUUGGAGUUAAAGAGAAUGUUUCUGUGAUUGGUUAUCAAUUUGAUGAAACUGAUAGUAGUGUUACCAGAUCAGAUGAAAUUUAUAAAAAAAUUUUUCAAAAAUCUGGAUUAAAAAUUGUAAAAGAAGAAAUACAACAUGGAAUGCCGGAAGAAUUAUUUGAAGUUAAAAUGUAUGCUCUUGAAAAUGUUGAUAAUCAAAAUCAGGAGAAAUAA